UGUGGGACGACUCAUGAGGGAAGUCAUCCAUGGCUAGAUAUAGCAUAGGGCGGGCACCCAUCGUCUAUCUAUAUGAUGGUGAAAGAACGAGAACAGGGGGCAGGCAGGCCCGCUAGCCACUCUUCUUGGUUAGGUUGUUGGCUACGGAUCGGACGGUUAGUCACGAGCCCACGAUGAAGGUGGUCGUCGUCUUCAUCCUCGCUGUGCUGAUGGCAUCAGCACCGUUUCCGGCGGCCGCCGACGUUUUCUGCGACAACGUUAAGCUUCUCGCCGAGACCCUCCCCAAGAACACCUCCUCCUCCCCUCUGCACUUCGCCACCGCCACUGUCGGCCAGGCUCCCGACGUCGUCUACGCCCUGGCGCUCUGCCGCGGCGACGUGGUCAAUAAUGACACGGCCUGCGCCGAAUGCGUCGCCAACACUUUCCGCAUGAUCUUGAACGACGACACGCCACCGUCGGGGGAGCAGUGCUACGACGCCUACUCCUUCUACGGUGACUGUCAUGUCUUCUACUCCAGCGACAACAUCCUCGCCCCAUCCAACACCACGGAGCAGGAGGACGAGGAGCCCUUCGAGCGGUGGAACGUCCAAGUCAUCCCCGGCGACGACGCCGGCCGUAUCGUCGGCCUCGUCCACGACCUGCUCGUCCAGACCGUGCAGAAGGCGGCCAGCACGGCGCCGCUGCGGUUCGCCACGGGCGCCAUGGACAGCGGCAACGCCAACUUGCCCACGGUCCACUCGCUGGCGCAGUGCACGCCAGACCUGCCCGCCGGCGACUGCCUGGCGUGCCUGCAGCGCCUCGUGGGCAUGAUCGAAUCCACCAUGGCGCUGCGCGUGGGCGCGCAGAUCCAUGUCAUGCGCUGCUUCUUCAGGUACGAGACAUAUCCCUUCUACGACGGGCAACCCAUGUUGCGGAUCAACGGCUCGCUGCGGCUAUCGCCAGCGCCCGCGCCGGCGCCGGCGCCGGCGACAGCAACCAAACACAAGAGUAAGCUGUGGGUGAUUCCCGUAGUCGUGGUUCCUCUGGUGGCGGCGGCUUCUCUCUGCUUCUUUUUCUACUCCCCAUGCUUCAAAAGGUACUGGAAAGGUAAAGCGAUGAGGCUACAGCAGGCAGGAUCAAGGCGUACUCAGGGAGAGGACGACCUAGUUUUGGACGGCAAGAAUUCAGACUUCUCAGUGUUCGACUUUGAACAGAUACUGGAUGCCACGGACCAUUUUUCGGAAGAAAACAAACUUGGGCAAGGUGGCUUCGGCGCUGUGUACAAGGGCCAUUUUCCUGAUGGACCGGAGAUAGCCAUUAAGAGACUUGCUUCACACUCAGGGCAAGGUUUCGCCGAAUUCAGAAAUGAAGUCCAGCUCAUAGCCAAGCUCCAACACAGGAACCUGGUUAGGCUCUUGGGGUGUUGCUCUCAGGAAGAGGAGAAAAUAUUGGUCUAUGAAUACUUGCCCAACAAAAGCUUGGACUUCUUCAUCUUCGACGAAGAUAAAAGAGCUUUAAUGGAUUGGUCCAAACUUCUGGCGAUAAUUGAAGGAAUAGCACAUGGACUUCUUUACCUACACAAGCACUCCCGUUUGCGUGUCAUACAUAGAGAUCUCAAACCAAGUAACAUUCUCUUGGACAGUGAAAUGAAUCCAAAAAUUUCGGAUUUUGGACUAGCCAAAAUAUUCAGCUCAAACAAAGGAAACACUACAAGACGGGUGGUUGGCACAUAUGGCUACAUGGCUCCUGAGUAUGCUUCGGAGGGCAUCUUCUCUGUCAAGUCUGAUGUAUUCAGCUUUGGUGUUCUUGUUCUUGAGAUCCUUAGUGGAAAACGGAAUUCCAGGAGCCAUCAGUGUGGCAAUUUCAUUAAUCUCAUUGGAUAUGCAUGGCAGCUAUGGGAAGAGGGAAGGUGGGCUGAUCUUGUUGAUGCAUACUUGGUUCCCAAGAGUCACUCUGUAGAAAUUAUGCGGUGCAUCAACAUUGCAUUGUUGUGCGUACAAGAGAAUGCGAAUGAUCGACCCACUAUGGCAGAUGUUGUUGCAAUUCUAAGCAGCGAGACUAUGAUUCUGGCCGAGCCUAAGCAGCCAGCAUAUUUUAAUGUGAGGGUGGGAAAUGAAGAAGCAUCCAUUACUGCAACCGACUCUUGUAGCAUCAAUGAUGUUACCAUAUCCGUUACAACUCCAAGAUAGAUUUCUUUUCUUGUGUCAAAACGUGGUUUUUACUGUAUCAUUGCAAUAAGUAUAGUAUAAGGAUACAAUAUAAUAACUGUUUGUAUAGUGCAUAAUUUUGAGUGUUCUUUCAAAUGUCUCAUUGUGCAUUUCGGAGAGAAUGAAAGUGGCUUUCCUAGUUGGAGUA